AUGGCGGACAUUCUUCUCCAGAAGAACGACGAAGCAUACGCGCGAGUGGAGCAUGUCGUCGAACAGAUUGCGCAGAGGCUCGAAUUCGAAUACAUCACAUGGGAUCCGCCUCCACGUGCCGGUCCAGGAGACUAUUUCACCCGCGGAUCCGUAGUGGCAAUGCUGCCUCUGGACGUAUUCGGUCGCCUGACUCGAGCCUCUCCUCACGUCUUUGGACUUUUCGCCGUUCAAAACUCUGUCCGCCUUGAAUGUCGAACACGUCUGAGAAUGGAGCUAUUCGAGGAGCACAUCAAAGAGAGACUUGUUCUUGAGAACAUCGGUGUCGACAGGGAAACGGGCAUGAUCGAAAUCAUAGAUGAGCAACUUGCCCGGAUUGGUCUUGCCUUGCCUAAUGGCUUGGAUUUGGUGCUCAGCCACAAAAGGGUUGAUGAUGCUCUGCCGGAAGAGCUGUCUAGCUUUUCUCGCUUUGUGGAGAAUUCGAAAGAGCCCCUUGCGUUGCAGUGCCUUUCAACGAUAUAUCGUCGCAACUAUUUGCUGGUUCGCGAUUGGGCUUACCGGGUCGGAAUCAUGUCACCAGACGGUCGGAUAGGAACGGAAGAAGUUCUGGUCAAGUAUUACACCGAGGGAUUCUUCGAACACAUUCAAGAUGUUGAACGCCUUGCAUCCUCACCAGUGAACGAGAACAAGCUGUUCUACAAAAUCAUCAGAAGCAACAGCUUUUGCCAGCUACCACGCCAUAUGUGCCACGUUCCGCUCAGUGAUGGGCGUUACAUGUCUCAGAUGUCUUCGGAUCACAGAAUGCGCAUGAAAAAGGCGAUCGAGAGAGUUGCGCCGCCUUCUGAUCUCGCAGACUGGACCGUCGACGCGCUCAAAGACUUUGUAGCGACGUAUGAGGUCUUCAUCAAGAUCGACGCCAGCUGCUGGGAUGUUAGACAUCAAAGCAAACUCGCGCAGCAUAGGUUCAUCUCGGAGACGCGCUACCGAGUGGCCCGCUUUGAAGCCCUUCACGUUGUACAUUUCGGACGUGAAUUCCAAUUGACAGCAUACCCCGAGUUCAGCCUACCUACUGGCCACCUGGAUAACAUCACGUUCCUGAUCGCCGCAUCCGCAGAGUCACCAUCGCGUUCUUUUCAGGAUGUUUACGAUCAUGCCGUUGAAAUAAGCCGGACCACUCUCAACCCAAGGGACUUUGAAGGGGUUGGAAGAACAGUCCAGUACGAAGUCAUGGACAGACAAGCACUAACAAAGGCGCUUGGGGACCUUGAAGUGAUAGCGCACAACUUGCCAGCCGUCUUCGCCCUGCAUCUCGACUACAGCCCCCUCAUCGACCCGCUAGCAGAAGAAGAAGCCAAGAACAAACAGACGGCACUGACGAGUACUUCUCCAGCACAAGAACCCUCAGACAAAUUCAGAACCUCGCAAGAAGUGCUAAACCGCUUGCAGUGGGACACGAAGCAUGCAUCGAACAGAUACGAAGUCGGAUACAAAGAUCGAUUCGAGACGAAGCUGCUGUGGAAGCCGCUCGAGGAGUGGACGAAGGACAAGCAGGCGGAGGAUUUCGUGCCGAUCCACCGGAUACACCAGUUCAGGGAAGUGGGUUCUACUGAGGUCAUAUGGGAUAGGGAUAAGAGAGUUGAUCGGACUGGAUGA